CUCCCAGGAUUUGCUGCAUCAAACAUUGAUUUGUCUUUAUUUUUAGAACAGCUGUUAUCGUGCGUGUGUGUGUGUGUAGUAGUUUGUGUUUGUGUGUUUACCAGACUGCAUGCCGGGCAGUUUGACUGUGUUUACUGUAGGUCUUUGCGAGAGUGUGUAAGGGCUUCUUUUUCCAAGUUAAUCCCUUAAGAAGAGGUGUGGUUCUGUUUCUGCGCUGCCUCUCCUCUCUGAGCACACACUCUCCUCCUCCUCUUCAUCUUCCUCUGUCUUCUUUACGCCUCUCUGCAUCUGCUCUCGGUCCUGUGUGGCAUGAGUUAUUGUGGCGAGAUGGGGGACGCCAUUGAACUCAGUACCAGGGAGCACGAGACCCCGGAGAUGAACAAGCUGCGGCAGAGCCUCCGGAGGAAGAAGCCCACCUACGUGCCCGAGGCCAGCAGACCCCACCAGUGGCAGGCGGACGAGGAGGCGGUGCGAAAGGGGAAAUGUAACUUCCCCGUCAGAUACCUGGGGUUGGUCGAGGUGGAGGAGUCGAGAGGGAUGCACGUAUGUGAAGAGGCGGUAAAGAAACAAAAAGUU